UUGGAGCAACCCAACAGUAUUUUGCCCUCUUCCCCUUUUUAUUUUCCUUAUUAUUAUUAUUUUUUCGCCGGAGAUUCAGCUGCCGAUCACUUUCAGCCGGGCCACCCCCAAUCCCUAAUUCCACACUCUCAUUCCGCUUUCUUCCACUUGCAUGACCGAAUUCUCCUUCUAGGGUUACUCAUAACCCUCCCACUUACUCAAAUUCAAACACGCAGAGAUGUCUCGGCAAGCCACCACCACCGCCUUACAUAAGUCCAAAACCCUAGACAACAAAUAUAUGCUUGGAGAUGAGAUUGGGAAAGGAGCAUAUGGUCGAGUGUACAAGGGCUUGGACUUGGAGAAUGGAGAUUUUGUCGCAAUAAAACAAGUUUCUUUGGAGAAUAUUGCACAAGAGGAUCUUAACAUCAUCAUGCAAGAGAUUGACUUGCUUAAGAAUUUGAACCACAAAAAUAUAGUCAAAUAUCUUGGAUCAUUAAAGACAAAGACACAUCUUCAUAUAAUUCUUGAAUAUGUGGAGAAUGGUUCACUUGCAAACAUCAUCAAACCGAACAAAUUUGGGCCAUUUCCCGAAUCAUUGGUGGCUGUUUAUAUAGCUCAGGUUUUGGAAGGCUUGGUUUAUUUACACGAACAAGGGGUAAUUCAUCGGGAUAUUAAGGGUGCUAAUAUCCUGACUACUAAAGAGGGUCUCGUUAAAUUAGCAGAUUUUGGGGUAGCCACAAAGCUAACUGAGGCUGAUGUUAAUACACAUUCAGUUGUUGGCACGCCUUACUGGAUGGCUCCCGAGGUCAUUGAAAUGUCAGGAGUUUGUGCUGCAUCUGAUAUAUGGAGUGUGGGUUGUACUGUGAUUGAGCUACUUACUUGCGUUCCUCCUUAUUACGAUCUUCAACCCAUGCCAGCUCUAUUUAGGAUUGUUCAGGACGAGAAUCCUCCAAUACCAGAUAGCUUGUCACCUGGCUUAACUGAUUUUCUCCACCAGUGCUUUAAAAAGGAUGCUAGACUGAGACCUGAUGCAAAGACACUGCUUUCCCACCCUUGGAUACAAAAUUCUAGGCGUGUUGUAUUGCAAUCUUCACUCCGGCAUAGUGGCACACUUAGAAAUAUUGAUGAUGAUGGUUCAGUGGGUGUCAAAAGUUCAAAUGCAGAUGACCUAAGCACUGUUGAGAACCUAUCUGCAGAGACAGUUAAAGAAAAUAAAACAGAGUUGCUAUUAGCUGAGGUUACACUCGCUGGCAAUACUUACGAAGAAAAUAAUUCUACUGUUGAGGUAAAAGAAGAUGCAUCUGAAGACGUGUCAGCAGACAAAGUUGCCACCUUAGCGAUUCAUGAAAAGCCACCGUUAGAAUCUUCUGCUACCGAUGAAUCACCUUAUCAACCAGAGGUCAACGAGUCAUUAGAAUUGAAUCCUACUGACGUACCGAUAAAUGGUGAAUCUGGAUCUACAUCAAAGUCAAAAACCACAGUAGACAAAAUAGUCAAAGAAAAUGGAAGCAGUUUACAUAAUUCUGGGCGCAAAGUCCAUGACUACAGUCCUCGCAAGAAUGUGAAGGCUGGAAGAAUAAAUGACGGAAACGGGCUCAGUAAAUUUAGUGACACACCUGGAGAUGCUUCAUUGGAUGAUUUAUUUCAACCAGUAGAUAACAAGCAUCUGGAUGAUCGGUCAGCUGAAGCUUCAACAUCUGCUUCCUCAUCACACGUGAAUCAAGGCAACACAUAUGCUAACGAUAGUGGAAAAACCGACUUGGCUACACAAUUACGAGCUACUAUCGCUCAAAAACAAAUGGAGAAUGAACCAGGCCAUUCUAACGGUGGAGAUAUACUUCAUUUGAUGAUGGGCGUUUUAAAGGAGGAUGUAAUCGGUAUUGAUGGUCUGGGUUUUGAUGAUAAACUACCUGCGGACAAUCUUGGCCACCUUCAGGCUGUUGAAUUCGGCAAACUAGUUUCACAACUGAGACCAGAAGAACCCGAAGAUGUGAUCGUGUCAUCUUGUCACAAGUUAACUAUGUUUUUUCAACACCGACCCGAGCAGAAACAUGCCUUUAUGACGCAACACGGGUUGCUUCCUCUUCUGGAAUUGCUUGAGGUCCCUAGGACACGGGUGCAGGUUAUAUGCUCUGUGCUGCAGGUUUUAAAUCAAAUUAUCAAGGAUAACACCGACUUUCAGGAAAAUGCUUGUCUUGUUGGCCUUGUCCCUGUUGUUAUGGGCUUUGCGGUGCCUGAUAGAACACGAGAAGUUCGUAUGGAAGCUGCUUACUUUUUGCAGCAACUUUGUCAGUCAAGCUCAUUGACAUUGCAAAUGUUUAUUGCUUGCCGUGGGAUACCUGUACUUGUGGGAUUUCUCGAGGCUGAUUAUGCAAAAUACAGGGAAAUGGUUCACCUAGCUAUUGAUGGCAUGUGGCAAGUAUUUAAGCUUCAGAGAUCAACCCUGCGGAACGAUUUUUGUCGAAUAGCUGCAAAAAAUGGAAUAUUACUCAGGCUUAUAAAUACCCUUUACAGCUUAAAUGAGGCAACAAGGCUAGCUUUAAUAUCUGGUGUCGGUGGUUUUUCAAUGGACGGUUCAGCCACGCGCCCCCGCUCUGGCCCGCUAGACCCUAAUAAUCAUACUUUCAUCCAGAGCGAGAGUUCAACCAACGGCUUGGAUCAUUCUGACUACCAUAAAGUCAAACAUUCUGUAACCGAUCAUCCUCAAGAGUCUUCUAGACUUUCAUCUUCUCAGUCACCCGAUUCAAGAUUCUUCACACUAGAAACAGAUAAACAACAUCAAUCAAGCAACACUAGUGCUGAAGCUCCAGUUACUUCAAAAUCACCAGAUUUUACUGACCCUUCACAAGAUGCAGAACCUAAACAAAGACUUUCUAAUUUCGGAAGGUUGUCUAUUGACAGGCCUAGAAAAUCUAUGGAUAUUGUAUCGAACGGGCAUUCUGCUACAGCUCAGCAAGAAAACGUCAGACCACUUUUAAGUUUGUUGGAUAAGGAACCACCGUCACGACAUUUUUCAGGUCAGCUUGAGUAUGUUCGGCAUCUUACGGGAUUGGAGAAACAUGAAAGCAUACUUCCUCUUUUGCAUUCUUCUAAUGAGAAGAAAUCCAACGGUCUAGAUUUCCUGAUGGCUGAAUUUGCUGAGGCUUCGAGUCGUGGACGAGAAAAUGCUAACACUGAGGUGGUGACUAAGACCACACAUAAAUUCGCUAAUAAGAAAACGACGGUGGUGGCAUCCAACGAGGUAGGGGCUUCCACAUCGGGAGUCGCAUCUCAGACAGCAUCAGCUGUACUCUCGGGUUCCGGAGUUCUUAACGCUAGACCAGGGAGUGCCACGUCAUCAGGACUCUUGUCCCACAUGGUAUCACCAUGGAAUGCUGACGUGGCUCGCGAAUAUCUUGAAAAGGUUGCAGAUCUGUUACUUGAGUUUGCCGGUGCUGACUCAACCGUGAAGUCCUACAUGUGUAGCCAAAGUUUGCUUAGCCGACUCUUUCAGAUGUUCAACAAAAUAGAACCGCCUAUCUUGUUGAAGUUAUUAAAAUGCAUUAAUCAUUUGUCGACCGAUCCACACUGCUUGGAGCAUUUGCAACGAGCGGAUGCAAUUAAACAUCUUAUUCCGAACCUUGACCUCAAAGAUGGUCCUCUCGUGUCUCAAAUUCAUCACGAGGUCCUCAAUGCUCUGUUCAACCUAUGCAAGAUAAACAAGAGGAGACAAGAACAAGCAGCGGAAAACGGAAUAAUUCCACACUUAAUGCGUUUCAUAAUGUCGGAUUCUCCACUACGACAAUACGCAUUACCUUUGUUAUGUGAUAUGGCCCAUGCAUCGCGUAAUUCAAGGGAGCAAUUACGCGCUCAUGAUGGGAUGGACGUUUACUUAAGUUUACUCGAAGACCAACUUUGGUCUGUAACAGCGUUAGAUUCAAUUGCUGUUUGUUUGGCACACGAUAAUGACAACAAGAAAGUGGAACAAGCUUUGCUCAAAAAGGACGCUGUUCAGAAAUUGGUCAAGUUCUUCCAGUGCUGUCCAGAACAGUAUUUCUUGCACAUACUAGAGCCCUUUUUAAAGAUUAUCACGAAAUCAUCUCGAAUAAAUACUACUUUGGCUGUUAAUGGCUUGACACCGUUGCUCAUAACAAGACUUGAUCACCCGGAUGCCAUUGCUCGUCUCAAUCUGCUCAAACUAAUAAAGGCUGUAUAUGAACAUCAUCCACGUCCAAAGCAACUUAUUGUGGAAAACAACUUGCCUCAAAAACUUCAAAAUUUAAUUGAAGAACGCAGAGACGGUCAAAGUUCUGGAGGUCAAGUGUUGGUGAAACAGAUGGCAACUUCACUGCUAAAAGCGCUCCAUAUCAACACUGUUCUAUGAUGCAGGCCGAUCGGCCAUUUAUUUGUCGGCCUUUCUUUUAUCUUUUCAUUGCACAUGUAAAUAUAAUUUUUGGUGUGUGAUGUAAUUAGGUCUGCCUUUUCAUUUCUUGAAAUCACUUUGUUGUGUGUGUGUUUUUUUUGUAUUGUGGUUAUUUGUCUUCCAUUAAAAUUAUCUACCAUGUAUAACAAAAGUGUAUAGAUUUAUUCUUAUGAGUGCUGAAGAACACCACGCUGUAUUUCUACUAUAAUUAGUUUGUUUUUCACUAUC